CUUUCAUCCCUUACUCGGUGGUGGGAAACGAAAAGAGACUAAACGAACGAAAAGACUCAGCAUGGGUCUCGACGGCGCGGCGGCGGCGGAGGCGCUUCUGGCGUCAGGACGGAGUUCCGAGAAGCUGAGCCUUCCAUUGCUCCAAUCAAAGAUGAAGUGCGAUCCAGAAGGCUACGAAUCGGAGCUUCUCCUUCUCUACAACCAAUUCAAUUCCUCGCUCGACCUAUUUCAGAAACAAGCCGACAUGAACUUCGCCUCCGUCAGCGGCAUUGGCAGCGAUCCCACCGUCUCCAAGGAUCUCGGCGACAGAGCCACGUUUCUCUCCCACGUCACUCCUUUUUACCCCAAACACCUCGCCGAUUUCCCGCGCAAACUCGCCGAUUUGCUUCGCGGAGCCGCGCGCACGCUGCCUUCGGGCCUGCGCUGCAACCUUACUCAAGCUCUCAUACUCCUCGCCAAUCGGAAGAUUGUUGAUAUUGGAGAAACACUGGCGUUGUUCAUGGAGCUUCAAACCCUAGGUGACAGGACAUUGAAGAAGUUAGCGUUUGAUCAUGUGGUUCACAGUAUAAGACGCAUGAACCAAAAGCAUAAGAACGAAGCCAAGAACAGAGUGCUUCAGAAUAUCUUGUUUGACAUUCUUCUGAAAGACGAUGAAGAGCCAGCCAAGAGGGCACUCGUUACCCUAUGUGAGCUUCACAGGAGAAAAGUGUGGUUUGACGAGAGAACAGCAAAUGCAAUUUGCACUGCUUCCUUCCAUCAAUCAUCGAGGAUUAUGAUAGCAGCUUUAUCAUUUUUGCUUGAUUAUGAGAAGAUUCAAGAUGAUGAUGAUAGUGAUGAUUCAGGCAGUGAUGAUGAAAGGACUGAAUCACCUCAAGUUGUUCUUAGCAGGGAGACAGUUUAUAAGGCAAGCCACCAAGGUACAUCAGCGAGCAAAAAGAAAAAGAAAGCAAAACUAGAACGUGCCAUACGCAGCAUGAAAAGGAAGCAGCGCCUGUCGACUGAAAAGACAAAUAACAGUUAUUAUUCACCACUUAACCACCUGAAAGAUGCUCAGGGUUUUGCUGAGAAGCUGUUUGCACGUCUUAAGAAUUGUAAUGAACGAUUUGAGGUUAAGAUGAUGAUCUUGAAAUUGAUUGCUCGAACUGUUGGACUUCACCAUUUAAUUUUGCUAGAAUUCUAUUCUUUUCUUCAGAAAUAUAUUCAGCCACAUCAGCGUGACAUUACAAAUUUGCUUGCAGCAGCGGUUCAGGCUUGCCAUGAUAUGGUUCCUCCCGAUGCAGUUGAGCCCUUGUUCAAACAAAUAGUAAAUCAAUUUGUGCAUGACCGUUCACGACCAGAGGCAAUUACGGUUGGAAUAAAUGCAGUCAGGGAGAUAUGCAUGCGCAUGCCGUUGUUAAUGAAUGAAGACUUACUACAAGACCUUGCGCUAUAUAAGAAGUCACGUGAGAAGGCAGUUUCAGUAGCAGCUCGAUCUCUGAUUGGGUUAUUCAGAGAGGUGUGCCCCUCACUCCUAGUUAAGAAAGACCGUGGCCGGCCUAUUGACCCUAAGGCAAAACCAAAAGCCUUUGGGGAGGUCAAUGUUGCAUCUGAUGUUCCUGGCGCUGAGUUAUUGCAUAUUGUUGACAAUGAUGAUGAACAAGACAUGGGUCAAUCUGAUGAUUCUGCAUAUAGCGUCUCUGACAAUGACCAGGAAAAUGAUCUGAUGAGUAUAAAUGAUGAUGACAGUGAUAAUGAGAACCAGUUAUGCAGUGAUGAUACUGGAAGUGAUGACGAAGCUGAAGAUAAUGAUGUUAUAUCAGGAGAUGAAGAUGAAAAUGAGGGAAGUUCAGACGAAAUUGGUGUUAGUGAUGAUGAUGAUGACAACGAUGACAUUGAAAAUAGUGAACAAGCUGAUGAAGAAGAUGAUGUUUCAGAACAUGAAGAUGAUGAUGGGAAUGUGAAGCUAAAAAAUACAUUGGAAGACUCGGGGAAAAAGAGGAAGUUUACUGAUUUUAAUGGUCAACUUAUAGCUGCGGAUACAAGUCUCCGAGCUUUGAAGAAAUUGGCAGGUACAAAAAUGGGGGAUGUCCUACCAGAACCUGAAGAUGGAAUUCUUUCUAAUGAAGAUUUCCAGAGGAUCAAAGAACUAAAGGCAAAAAGAGAGGCAAAAAAUGCAUUGGCUCAGCAAGGGCUAGGGAAGUCAGCAACAAUUAAGGUUCCAAGCUCUGAUCAACUAAGUCUUAAGCGAGUGGAUGGUGCCAUGCUUGAAGCUCAUAUAAGGAAAAAGUUGAACAAGGAUGAGAGGUUGGCAUUGGUUAGAGCAGGGAGGGAGGAAAGAGGAAAAUAUUAUGCUCGAACUGCUGUAAAACAGAAAAAGACGGGUGGCCUAAGCAACCGACAAAAGGAACACAAGAAGAAAAUGCCGUUGGCUGCAAAGAGAGAUAAGGUAGCGAGAACUCGGAUUGAGAAAAAGAGGAAAAAUUCGCGAUCUGGCAAACAGUUCCGGGGGAGGAAAGCGUGGAAGCAGUAAAUAUGUUGUUUUUAUUUAUUUUGAAUGAGCCUAACCUCCCUUUUCUUUUCUUAAACUCAUUUCCCUCCUCAUCCAUGGUUGCUUUUUAUUCCUUAUAAUCAAUUUUGUUACAGCGUUUCGUUUCUUUUCUCCCCCUUCAUCGGAGAAAUUGAUUUGGCGAUAAUUACGCAUUUGAGCAGGGCAUUCAGGAAAAUGAUUUUAGCCUACCUUGACUUUACUCUUUUAAGGGUUAUUUCUUUAUUUUAUUUUGUACGAAUCACACCAUUGUAUUUGUUUGUUAAAUUGAAAAUUUCUUGUGUUUUUUUA